GGGGGCGUGGGUGGGUGAGGGGUGCUUCUGUGCUGCCGGAUGGCCUUGGUGCUUCCGGCACAGCCCCUAGCUCUGAGUGCAGGCUGACCCCGUGGCCCGCUAGGACCCCGCGCUGAUGGGCCGAAGCCACUCCCCCUCCCCCAGGACAGCUUCCGGACCUCCAGGUGGGUCAAGGGCUUCCUUAGGCUCCAGGGGCCCACGUGUGUAACCCAGGCUGCCCCGAACACGUCCUUGUGGCCCACCUCGUCCCUGACUCAUCCUUACCCCUGACUUUAUCACUUGGGGCUGCUCCCAGCCCUGAUCUCUCACCCUGCUCCCUGGACCCAGAGCUCUCGGGGGGGCAGAGGCAGCAGAAUCACAGGUUUGGGGGGCUAUGCAUGUGAACACCGGGUGACCCAUGUGUGAACACAUGCACAUGAGCAGAAAGUACCCACAAGACGGUGGCAGGGGCAAGAAUGGGGGCGGUGGCUGUCAGGCAGCAGUGAGAAAGGGCGUGACAAGUUCGGCUGAGGUUGGGGGGCCGCCCAGAAGCUCGGGGUUCUAUUCUGAACAGGGGCUACAAGUCUGUCGUCCAGAGGGGGUGCGGUUCCAGUUCCCUGGGGGUGGUAGGGGGAGUUUCCAGGCACCCAGGCCCCCCAGACCUGCCCGGGCUGCAGAGGCCUGCACCGACCCCAGCCCCGCCCCAGGCUCUGGCCUCUCCUGGGACUCCCCGCCCUCUGUUGCUCAGCCUGCCAGGAAGAGGACGGGAGGCCGGCCAAUCCCAGAGCCCGGGCCGCGCCCCUGGCAAGCAUGACUUUGAGUGUAUAAAUACACCUGACGGGACCAUAGCCAGAGAACUCACACCUGCCUCGUAGAGCGUAUCUGGAGGAGCACACGCAUCCCCUGCCCUGCUGCCAGGGACGCCACACAGGGCACACCUGCCAGACCAGAGCCACCGAGACAGCUAGCUGCUGGCAGCCGGCCCGUGGAGGGACACCUGCCAGGUGGAGCUCAGGCUGGGCCUGGCCUGGACGGACGGAGGGCUGCUGGAGCGAGACAGCUUGGAGCCCCAGAGCCGGGCCCUGGCCAACCAGGAGGACCAUGCCCAGGCCCCACUGAUACUCGGCCACCAGCCCAGAGCCAUGUCAUCAGGCCAGCAGGUGUGGCACACAGCCCUGCCGCCCCCCGGCUGGAGCAGCCCCACAGCCACAGUGCCCAGGUCCCCCAGCUUGGCCAGCGACCCCAGGUCCCCUGGCUCGGCUGGCAGCCCCAGGUCCCCUGGCACCCCUGGCUCAGAGAAGGUGGCCUCCCCGCUGGAGUGCUCGAUCUGCUUCUCUGGUUAUGACAACAUCUUCAAGACACCCAAGGAGCUGUCUUGCACUCACGUCUUCUGCCUGGAGUGCCUGGCACGGCUGGCGGCCACCCAGCCAGCAGGCCAGCCCGGUGGUGAGGCUGUGCCCUGCCCAUUCUGCCGGCAGCCCACGGCCGUGCCCCCCGCCGGGGCCCCCGCACUGCGCACCAGCCGCCAGCUGCAGGCCAAGAUGCCUGUUCACCUGCGGCGGGAGGAGCCUGUGUGGCUGGAGGGCACCAAGCUGUGCUGCCGCCCCCCGCCCCCUGCUCCUGGCCUCUCAGCACCCGGCUUUGUGUGCGUGGAUGUGGGCCUGAGCAAGCCCGCGGAGCCCGCUGCGCCCACGCCCACGCCCACCCUGGGGCCCGUCCGCCGCCGGGGCCGCCUGGCCCGCUGCUGGGCACGCUGCGGGGACUGGAGGCGCUUGGCGCUCAUCACCGCACUGCUGCUGGUGCUGUUCUGCUUGGUGCUCUGGCCCGUGCAGUGCGCGCUCAAGACCGGGAGCCUGCACUGCCUGCGCCGGCCCCCGGCCCACGCUGCUGUGGCCACCGAGACCUACGCGGCCACCUUCUCGCUCAGGCCCCUGGCCGACAACUAGGGUGGUCCCCUGCUCCACGUGUGGGUUCCCAGCCUACAGCUGGAGUCACGGGUGCAGCAGCUGUUGGGACAGUCUCCAGGACCCCUGAGGAGCCCUAACACCUCUGAGGACCCCGUUUGGCUCACCUGCCCCUCCCCCCAUCUAUGGGGCUGGGUCCUGGUGAGGUGGACCGCCCCUUAAGUCCCAUCAUGCAGACGGGGAGACUGAGGCCCAGGACACACAGCCUGGUGAGGCCCCCCUCCCUAGUCGCACUGUGAAUCACCCACGGAGAAGGGAGGGGGUGCACCACCCUGCCUUAUUUCCACAUUUCACCCACGGCUCCUUCCCCAGGCAGGGUGGCCCCUUCUGUCGGGUGGCAGUGCUAACCUUGCCCUCCUGGCCGGGGGAACAGAGGGCAGUGCAGAGAGCCCAGCCCUCCGGAGCCCAUCCCACCCUGUGAAUUGUACAUUUUUAAAUAAAUUAUUUUGUAUCCACA